CAAAUCCCACCCCUUCUUCUCUUUGCCCCAUUGCCCCAGCCCUCAGCUCCAUGUCAUGGCAUGUCCAUUUGGCUGAUGAACUAAGAAAAGGUGACUGUUCCUCUCUUUGGAGGUUAGGAAAAUCCCCCCAACAUUGGACAAAGGGUUGCUGCACUUCCAUGAAGAUACGAUUCCUCCAACCAUAACAAAUUGCCCAUGGGACAUCACCAUAACCACAGAGACUGAUCCAGUACAGGUCAGCUGGGAACAACCUGAAAUUAGCGACAACAGUGGGGUGUUUACCUCAGUAGCUUCAAUAUCCAGUGGCUCCUGUUUCCGGUAUGGAACUCAUCAAGUGCAAUACACCGCCCAUGAUGAAGCAGGAAAUGAAGCCUCCUGCCAGUUUAAAGUUACCAUCAAAAAGCCAGAUCUUUCAUGCACUGCCCAACCUCCCACUGAUGGGUCUUUGGCUUGUGGAACGUUAUCUUAUCCUGGCAGUGGAAUGAACAAAUGGCAGUUUUGUGUACCAUUCUGCAUGAAGAGCACUGGUUUCCAUCGGAGAGCAGGAUUAGUGUUUUUCUGCCAGCCUUCUCAGUCUGGGACAAGUUGGUUUCAUUUGGAUGAAGCCUGGCAAAUGACAAAGGCUCACAUGCCAGAGACUUGCACAGUCAGGCGUCGUACAGGGUCCAGAAAAGGAGAUUCACUACAGUACUAUGAGGGUGACUGCAAUGAACAGGCCGUGAAAAAACACAUCCUAGCAACUGUGGAACACAUUGUAGCCAAAAAUCCCUCUGUUGUUUCUCAGUGCACCAGGCACCCAAACACCUGUGGCAAUUUCAGAAUUUCAGAUCUUUCUGUUCACUGUGGGCCUGGAAACAACCAAAGAGAUACUGAACCACCUGUAGUGAUCUCCUGUCCUCAGAACAUUGAGAUAGAAACCAAAAAAGGAAACCCCUACUGGAAUGACUUGCCUGAAUUGUCUUGGAAGGAGCCUGUGUUUGAAGACAACUCCAGGGGUCCACUGACAAUCACAAAAGGAGGGUCCAAUGUUAAUAAUGGAGACAAACUGGCAUAUGGCCAAUAUUCAGUGGAAUAUAUAGCAACAGAUCUUUCAGGAAACCAAGCCAAAUGUUCCUUUGAGAUCUCAGUGAAAUCAAUUGCAUGCACAAUGGAAUUGCCAGAGCAUGGUGCUAUAGUCUGUGGCUAUCCUUCGGUGGACGGCAUGGACCUCAUGACCAUUGACUGUAUUGUACUGUGUCAAAGCAAAUACCAGUUUAGCAGGGAUCCAUAUCCCAUAUAUGCAUGCUCAGAGGAGGGACUUUGGUGGACCUUCACAAGCACAUUCACGCCUAUUGGCCCAAAUUUGCCCAGUUUAAACCAUAAGUGCCAAGAACCAGAUAUCCAUAAAAAGCCAAAAGUUGUUGAUCAGAAUUUUUACUUUGAUGGUGACUGCCAUGACAGAGCAGUGCAAGACAUGCUGAUAGGACACUUGGAAUAUUUUCAGAGGAAAACUUCAGCAUAUCAGUACUGUGAAUUAAACAGAGAGUUCUGCAGAAAGUGGAAUGGUUACCGCAAUGUAACGGUGUUCUGUGGAAGCACGUGAGAUGGAAUGACUGUAUUGUUUGUUAUGUUUUUUUUUAGAAUGUAUUUGCAUGCAUGUGUGAGAACUACAUAUUAUCCAAGUAUUCAGACUGUUCCUUGAAAGCAGUUUGUGCUGUAACCUUAUUUCCUCUUAUAAAA